CAGCUGCCGCUCUUUCCAGCUAGUUCCCUGUUCCUAGACGCCUCCCCCCCUCAACCUCCGUAGGUCCCUCUCUCUAUGGAUUCAUUUCAGUCUGCACAGAUGUUGAGCUUGCCCGCCGAGCUCGGCAGCAACAACUUAGAACUGGCGGAGCUGGCGGAGCCGGAAGAGCGGGCGGCAUCAGUGGCCAGCGGAGACCCGGUGGCCCACCCAGAGGCGUCUCCCGAGGGCUCUGAACCUCCCCCGACGCAAGAGCUGGAGCAAACGCAGCCUCCGGGGACCUCGACGCCGCCAGAGUGCAAAGUCCUCCUCACACAGGCGGAUGCCUUGGCAUCCGGGGGGCGCCUUCGGGAAGCCCUCGAGGUGUACCGGCAGCUCUCUGAGAGGCAACAGCUAGUGGCUGAGCAGCUGGAGCAGCUGGUGCGCUGCCUGGCUGAGAGCGUCCCGCAAAAGGGGAUGGUGGCGCCAGCUACCUCGGACCAGAGCGGCACCUCAAACUGCUGCAAGGUGGCCGUGGAAGAGGCAGGGGAGGCUGCGGCCGUGGCCCCCGAGGUAUGGGAUGGCUUUAAGUGCCGGAAGUGUCACGGAUUUCUCUCAGACCCCGUGUCCUUGUGGUGCGGCCACACCUUUUGUAAACUGUGCCUGGAACGUGGGCGGGCCGCCGACCGGCGCUGUGCGCUGUGCGGGGUCAAGCUCUCGGCUCUCAUGGUGGCCAGCGGGAGGGCACGCGGGACGCGGCGGGCUGGGCAGCCGGCACCACUGCAACUGAGAGUCAACGUGGUACUCAGUGGCCUUCUGGGCAAGUUGUUCCCGGGCCCCGCGCGGGCGUCGCAACUCCGGCACGAGGGCAACCAGCUGUAUCGUGAGCGCCAGGUGGAGGCAGCUCUGCUGAAAUACAACGAGGCAGUUCGGCUGGCUCCAAAUGACCAUUUGCUUUACAGCAAUCGGUCUCAAAUUUAUUUCACCUUGGAGUCUCAUGAGGAUGCACUGCAUGAUGCAGAAAUAGCAUGUAAACUUCGGCCAAUGGGUUUUAAGGCACACUUCAGAAAAGCACAAGCUUUGGCCACCCUAGGCAAGGUGGAGGAAGCACUCAGAGAAUUUCUCUACUGUGUGUCUCUUGAUGGAAAGAACAAGAAAGCCAGAGCUGAAGCUCAAAGGCUUCUCUUUAGUUUCUUUUCACCAUCAGUCCCGGGGGAUUCUCAGGAACAUUCUCCCGAUAUCCUGAAGCUGUUGGCACCUCACCCUAGAUUAAAGGAACACGUAGAGUCAAUGGCUACUGAAGGCACCAGCCAUAAUCUACCAAAGUUGUCACAGGAAAAUCCAGAGCUUCCACAUUGCUCUAGUCAGGAGGAAGUGGCAGCUGUGGGAGACAGCAGCAGCCUGGAGAACUCAGCUCAAGUAAAGGUGGGUAGUCAAGAAUACAAUGUGAGAGAUCAGGAAGAAGAGAAGCAGGAUGCUGCCUCCAUCAGGACCGGCAAAUGCCAGGAAAAGAAAAGGAACCGUUGUCAAAUUGAUGAAAUCCAAGAAGACACAGACGUGCCUAAUAAAGUCUCCAAACAAGAUCUUCCUGCUGAGGAGGUGGCCAAACCAGAUAUCAGUAUUCCGCUUGCAUCUUUUGAUGCAUCUGACCUUGAAUGCUCACUGUGUAUGAGAUUAUUCUAUGAGCCAGUCACAACACCUUGUGGGCACACCUUUUGCUUGAAAUGUCUUGAGAGAUGCCUAGAUCAUAAUGCAAAGUGUCCACUGUGCAAAGACGUUCUUUUACAGUGCUUGCCAUCAAGAAAGUAUAGCAAAAAUGUAAUAAUGGAAGAACUAAUAGCUAAAUUCCUGCCAGAAGAACUCAAGGAACGAAGGAGGCUUUAUGAGGAGGAAAUGGAAGAACUUUCUAACUUAAAUAAGAAUGUGCCUAUUUUCGUGUGUACUAUGGCCUAUCCCACCGUUCCUUGUCCCCUGCACAUCUUUGAGCCUUGUUAUCGCCUAAUGAUUCGGAGAUGUAUUGAGACAGGCACAAAACAAUUUGGUAUGUGCCUUGGAGAUCCUGUCAAAGGGUUUGCAGAAUAUGGCUGCAUCUUAGAGAUCAGAAAUGUCCAAUUCUUUGCUGAUGGCCGAUCAGUGGUUGACAGCAUAGGCAAGAGACGUUUCAAGGUACUCCAUCAGGGCCAGAGGGAUGGCUACAACACAGCUGACAUUGAAUAUAUUGAGGAUCAAAAGGUUCAGGGAGAAGAUUGUGCUGAACUCAUGGGGUUACAUAACUGUGUGUACGAGCAAGCAUCUUCAUGGUUUCAUUCACUCAAAACAUCUCUGAAGACUCGGAUACUUAAUCAUUUCGGUCCAAUGCCAGAGAAAGAUGAAGAUCCCCAGGUUAAUCCGAAUGGCCCAGCCUGGUGUUGGUGGACAUUAGCGGUUCUUCCCCUGGAAAGCAGAGCUCAGCUCCCCUUCCUAGCAAUGAGGUCCUUAAAGGAUAGACUCAAUGGUAUUCGGCGAAUCCUGGCCUUUAUAUCCAGAAACCAAAACUAAUGGGAGCAGAUUGUGGAAGAGGCAUUUCCACCCUUUCCACUGCUCCAGGGCGAUGUUCUUGUAAAUAUGUCUAAUUGCAAUAACACCUUAACAGAAGAUAGUAUAUCCUAGAGAGAUGGUACUCUGCUUUUUCACCACACAGAAACUGAGUAGGAAGACAAAAAGGAGGUAGCCUGAUUGACUUUCU